AUGUUCAGUGAGCUAAUGAGGAAAUUUGACGCCUUAAGUGAACACAUUAAGAGAGUGGACGGUCAGGUCGCGGAAAACGCAACCACCAUCAAAAGAGAGGAAGGACGUCUCCAUGGGCGGACUGACGCGAACCCGAAACGUCAGGUUAAUGCCGUGUUACUAAGAAGCAGAAAAUGCCUAAUUCCAAGCACAAUAGAAAUCAACAACGCAGAAAAACAUGUUGUUGUUGAGGAAACCGGUGAAAAUAGGUCACGCCCGAUAAUCUUCAAUGCUCCCAAUACCGAUUUAGAAACACCUCGAGAGAAAGAGCUGCCCAACACUGAAGAAGCGGCCAUCGCUCUCGAGGAGGAAGAAGAAAGGUUGGAAGAAGAUGUGGAAAUCGAUCGACAAGAAAGGAUCAACGUCGAUCGACACACUACAGUAAAUAUCGAUCAACAAUGUGGAAACAAUGUCGAUCGACGCUCAACUCCUGCUGAACCAGCCAUGGAAAGAGUGUAUAGAACUCUACCACAUUUCCCUCAUAACAAGACGCAGACUAAGCGAGAGUUAGAUAAAGCAAUCUGCAAGAAAGCAUUCGACAAGAUCACGUUCGAGAUGCCAUUGAGUGAUGCCAUUAAAGUAUCACCUUCAAUAAAAAAAUAUGUAAGAGACAUGGUGUCCAACAGCUUUCCAGCGGCUGAGAGCGUCAUGAUGGUUUUAGAGGAAGUAAGUGCAAUAAUCCAAGGCGAAACUCCGAUCAAGAGACCCGAUCCGGGCAGCUUUGUUUUGGAUUGCAACAUACGAAAUAAAAGUUUUCAUCGAUCCCUUUGUGACCUAGGUUCCAGCGUGAACCUCAUGCCGCACUCUGUUGCGAUAUCCCUAGGAUACGACAAGUUCAAACCUACCAAAAUAACUCUGGUUCUGGCUGAUAGAUCCGUUAGAUUACCUGAGGGAGUACUUGACGACGUGCCGAUAAGGAUUAAUGACUGUCACGUCCCAACGGAUUUUGUGGUGCUGAAAUACCGAAAUGAACCAAAGGAUCCCCUCAUUUUAGGUAGACCGUUUCUAGCUACAGCAGGUGCGAUAAUCGAUGUCAAGGAGGGUAGAAUAAGUCUAAACAUUGGAAACAUUCCGAUGACCUACGACAUGCAUAAGCUGAUAAGACGACCCUUAAUCGAAAAACAGACUUUCUAUGUGGAUGAUAUCUGUGAAUUGACUGAAUAA